AUGGCGGUGACGUCAGCGGAAGGCCAGCAGGUGGAGUACCUCGUGCUAGACACGGACGGCGCUCUGGCGGAGCCGGCGGUGGAGUCAUACCUCAAGCGGCUGCAGGAAGAGCGCGACGCCGAGGGCGCCGCCCUCGGGCGCGCGGCAGGCGCUGACAAUGCUAAAGCCGAGGGGCCGGACAGCAGCGGUGGUGCAGUGGAAGGGGAGGACGCGUGGGCGCUGGAACCGACUUUGCUCAAGCGGAUGGCGGCCGUGAGGGACGCGGAGAGGGGCGUGAUUGUGCAGGAGCUCAUGUACCUGCUGUGCGUGAAACGCCUGAAGGAUGCCUCCCUCACGAUGGUGACAGACCUGGGAGACGCCGCCCCCACCGGCCUCGGCGCCGCCGGCCGUCCUCCCAACCCGGCUGCCGGCGCCGGCGCCGCCGACGCUGCGGCGCCCGCGGAUGCGGGCACGACGGCGCCAAGCGCGCGCGGCGCGAUGGGGCGGCGGAUGGAGGAGCUGAUGCCUCUGGUAUCCCUCGCAGUGGCGGACGGCAUCCUGGGUUACGUCGGGGCGACGGUCACCACGAGCAUGCGGGCGCUGGCCAAGGACACGCCGCUGAGCAUGGACAGGGUGCAGGCCGCGCGGCUGUACGCUGGGAUGCUGGAGUUUGGCUACUUCAGCCGCGCCCUGGAGGCGGAGUGCGGCCACCGGGGGAUCCCAGUAGGCGACGACUCGGAGGCGAUGGUGCGGCUGGCAGACGCGCUCACAGAGGACCAACUGCGCGGCAUGUGCGAGGUCAAGUCCGCUGAUGCCUGGUACGCCGCGGUGCGCCACAUUGGCGGCCUGUUUGGCCUGCGCCCCAACCCCGACCUUCAGUUCGACAGCUGUGCGCUGCCAUACCGGGAACUUCACGCCACCAUAUCUGACAUCGUCCUUGAGCCCGCGUCGUCCAUUGCUGAGCACUACAGCCCACCGGGCACUGCCAAGGAGCUGAUGCAGAAGGCACGCCGCAAGCAGGAUCGCGGCUGGCGGGUGGAUGACACUGAGACGACCCCUGACCUGCCAGAGGCGGACAUGGUCGAGUUUGGGGUGGGGCCUUUUGGGGCGCUGCUGGUUGAGGCUGCCGUGAUUGGGUGCCUGCUAUGGGACACUGAACAGAUGGUGCAGGACGAGUUUGGGUACCGGCUCGAGGGCAAAUUGGCGCGACAAGAGCACGUCGGCGGCGCACACAGCAGUGAUGCAUAG